CUCAACCUUUUCCACCUCCUCCUCAUUUCUUUCAUUCCCCGCCCACACGCUGUCCCAUGAGGACGAAAUGCGUGCCGCCGCCGCCGCCGCCGCCGCCUCGACCUCAGCUACCAGCACCCUGGCCCGGAGCCUCCAAGCCCGCGCAUCCUCCACCCACGACGCGACGUUCCGCCUCCCCGAUGGCCGGGCGCUAGGGUACGCCGAAUAUGGAAGUCCUCGCGGCCUGCCCUUGUUCGUCCUGCACGGCUUCCCCUCAUCGCGGCUCGAGGCCGGCCCGCUGGACAGCAUCGGCCAGCGCAAGGGGAUCCGGAUCAUCUCGCUCGACCGGCCCGGGUUUGGCCUCUCGACGCCGCAGCCCGGCCGGACCAUGACCGACUUUGCAUGGGACAUGGCCGCGUUCGCCAGGGCCAUGAACAUCCGGCGGUUCGCGGUGGCCGGGUUCUCUGGCGGCGGUCCUUAUGCGCUCGCGUGUGCGCACGUGCUCCCCCGGCAGACGGUCGGGGCGGUGGGCAUGUUUGCGUCCGGGCCGCCCUGGGCGGCUGGGGCCGAGAUGAUGUCUCGCCCGCGGAGGGUGAUGCGGUGGAUGGCGGUGCACUGGCCGUGGGGGUUGCGGGUGCUGUUGGAUGCCGUCAUGGGCACACUGCGCUGGGUGAGCCAGACGCAGUUUGUGAAGCGCAAGACCGAGGAGUGGCUGGUUGCGCAGGACGAGAAGAAGGACAGCGGGGAGCUUGCGAAGCUGGAUCAAGGGGAGCACGUCGAGGACGAAUCAGGGGAGGGGGAGAAAGAGAACAAGGAGAGCAAGACGGUGAGCGAGAGGCGGGAGAUUCUGUUCCGGAUCGUGGACGAGCCGUUUGCCCAAGGGGCGGCGGCGACGGUCGAGGAGGCGGCACUGCUGUCGGCGCCCGAGUGGGGGUUCCGGCUCGAGGACGUCGAGUACGCGCCAGCAGUGCGCAUCUGGCACGGCACCGAUGACACGAAUGCGCCCAUCGCGGCGAUCCGGUACCUUGCGGACAAGGUGCCGCAUGCGGUGCUCACCGAGCUCGCGGGCAAGACGCACUACACGGUGUAUCCCUACAUUGAAAAGGCGCUGGACGAGCUUGCCGAGGACUUUAAGCGAGGAGGCUGAGGUCGCUGCGGUUGGUAGUCGACACUUCAGUCCAGUCCUGGUUGUGUACAAACAAAAUACCCAUCUCCCCAUUCCAGUGAUGCACAUACUCAGGGUAUAUAGCGAGCGAGUUCUCUACUCAUUGAUUGGACUUGGCCUCUAACUAAUAGUCAUGUCGUUGAUCGGG